GUGUACAGUAGAAACCAGAUAAGAAAAAUCAACUCAGAAAAAAGGCCAUGCAAUUCCACGAAACUUCUAACAUCAAAUUUGACAAUCAUUUUUUGUUUUGCAAUUCCUUGAUUUGUUACUGUAAUGAAGUGUAUUAUCCAAAUUUCCAAUCCAAUAAAACCAAACCUCCAUAACCACACACACCAUAACUACCAUUAACGCACUCCAACCUUUUUUUUUCAGAAAAAAAAAUACACAGUGACACCCUCUUCUUCACUCUCUCUCUCUCAAACCUUCAUUAAUAUCUUCGGUGAGUUAGAAACAAACUAAGACUUGUGGCCGUUGGGGGAACCAUUAAUGCACUAUCCAUUUUCUUCGCACUCAUUUAAUGUUUAGUUGCAAAAGCUUCACCUUUGUUUCGAAACCAUCACCCCUUUUGGUCAUGUAAAACACACCGCAACAUUACUCAAACAUACAACCUUAAACAUGCCAAAGCCUUGUUUCAUCCACGUUCGUGGGAGGGAAUAAAAAAACAGAGACAUUUUUCCCGAUUGAAACAUUGAUGGAUCCGUUUCGUGGGUUGUGUCGGAGUUCAGAAGAGACAGCGGAACAACAACAUCUUGUGCAGGUAAACAAAAGUGAAAAAAAAAAAGAAUUCUGGGUUGUGUGUAGAAUUUGCUGAAUUGAACUAAACUGGUGCAUGCAUGAUGCAGAUGAAGUCAAGUUCAGUUUAACACUCAGCGCAUGGAUCAACUGGUUCAGGUUAAGUAGGAGUCUCGAAUUCAAGUUCUGGUUUGCCACUGUGUUUUGCCUUGAAAAUCCAGAAGGAGAACUUUUGCAGUGACAGUAGUUUCUACUCGAGUGGAGCAGAAUUUUCACUGCAGAGGAGAUUUGUGAAAUAAAGAAGUGGAGUUGAGUUUGUGAGAGUGAGUUUUAGGAUUCAUGGGAAUGGGGGAAAUUGCAGUGAGUGUGGUUUCAAUGUUGUUGUUAAUGGCUGGGUUAACAAUGGGAAUGCGUUUGAGUUCGACAACGGAAUGGCACGCGUUAAGGGAGCUUCGAUCGUCGUUGGGGAUUAGGGCAAAGUAUUGGCCCAUAAAAGCAGAACCGUGCGGGAACUGGACCGGAGUUCAUUGCCGGAACGGUCGAGUUGUGGGUAUAAACGUGUCCGGUUUGAGGAGAACCCGGUCGGGUAGCCUUAACCCAAGUUUUGAAGUGGAUUCUCUUGUGAAUUUGACACUGUUAGAAUCGUUUAAUGCUUCUGGGUUUAUGCUUAAUGGGUCUAUUCCUGAGUGGUUGGGUGAGAGAAUGAAGGUGUUGGAUGUACUUGACCUUAGGCUUUGUUCUGUAAUGGGUUUGAUUCCUUAUUCAAUUGGGGAGUUGAGUAGGUUGAAGGUUUUGGUGCUUUCAGGGAAUGUUCUCACUGGUAAAAUGCCUUCAACGCUUGGGAACCUCACAGGACUCACUGUUCUUGAUCUCUCUAAUAACACUCUUUCAGGGAUUGUGCCUGCUUCUGUGACUCAACUUGGGAAUCUCACAAGGCUCGAUCUUUCUAACAAUUACUUCUCUGGGACUGUUCCAGCUGAACUGGGUGCCCUUUCGAGUCUUCAAAACUUGAACCUUUCUGGGAAUUCUUUCACUGGGUCGGUUCCCUCUCAACUGGGUAACCUUUCUAAGUUGGUUGAGAUUGAUCUUAGCAAGAAUUUUCUGUCGGGUUCAUUUUUUGGUAAUUUGUCCUUUUCUCGGCUCUCGGCCCUGGAGGUUCUCAUUCUCAGCGAGAAUUCGUUUGAUGGUGCUCUUCCUCAUAAUUUUAGCUCAACUCCCAGGUUGAGCUUUCUUGAUGUGUCCAGUAACAACUUCACUGGGACACUGCAGAAUUUCACAAGUUGGAAUGAUAACUCUGCUGGUGUUGCGUUCAAUCUGUCAAAUAACAUGUUCUAUGGACUUGUGAACACUUUACUGUACAAGUUUAAAAAAGUUGAUUUGUCAAGUAAUUAUUUGGAAGGUGAGGUUCAAAGUGGUGGUAAUGUUACUCUAGAUAGAAAUUGCCUACAAAUGACUCCAAACCAGAGGAAUUUGGAAGAGUGUAGAGAUUUUUAUGCUGCAAGAAAUUUAACCUUUGCAUUUGCAGAAUCCAAGUCCAGCAGCAGAAGGGUGGUAUUCAUACUGGUAGGAAUAUUUGGUGGGCUUGGCUUUAUUGCGGUGCUGACACUGGUCCUUGUGUUGGUUCUAAAACAAUGUCACAGUCAUAGAAGCUCAGAAGUUCAAAGGGGGACCAAAGAAGAGGGACCUAUUGAGGAAGGGGAAAACCCUAUACCUCCUAAGGAUGCUGAUUUUGUUACUGGCGUGGGAGAAGCAUUUAGUUCUGAGCAAAUUAUCCGUUUAACUGGCAAUUUUGCUGAUGCAAAUAUCAUUAAGCACGGCCAUUCCGGGGUCCUCUUCUUGGGAGUCUUGGAGAGUGGAGCAACUGUGGUUGUCAAAAGGAUAGAUUUGAAUUUAUUUAAGAGAGAAUCAUAUGUCGUGGAAUUGAGACUAUUAAGUAAGGUUUCACAUGCAAGAUUGGUCCCAAUCCUUGGCCACUGCUUGGACAAUGAGAAUGAGAAAUGCAUAGUUUACAAAUACAUGCCAAACAGAGAUUUGGCUACUUCUUUGCACAGAGUUAAUGAGUCAGAUGGUAAAUUACAGUCCUUGGAUUGGAUCACGAGAUUGAAAAUUGCAAUAGGAGCUGCUGAAGGCCUAGCUUACUUGCAUGAGUGCAGCCCUCCCCUUGUCCACAGGGAUGUCCAAGCUAGCAGCAUACUUCUUGAUGAUAAAUUUGAAGUGCGACUUGGAAGUUUGAGCCAGGUUACCGCUCAAGGAGAUGUUCAACAAGGAGUCAUCUCAAGGGUUUUCAGCAAGCCACCAUCUACUAGUGAAGGCGAUCCUGGUAAAUCAUCAGUGACAUGCACCUACGACGUGUACUGUUUCGGGAAGAUUUUGCUGGAACUCAUUACUGGCAACAUUGAAGUGAGCAAGUCAGAUGAUGGAACAACAAAAGAGUGGUUAGAACAAACAUUGCCGUACAUCACUCUGUACGAUAAAGAACGUGUGACUAAGAUUGUUGACCCACAAUUGAUCGUGGAUGAGGACCUAUUGGAAGAGGUGUGGGCUAUGGCAAUUGUGGCUCAUGCAUGCUUGAAUCCAAAGCCUUCAAAACGUCCUCCAAUGAGACAUGUUCUGAAAGCAUUGGAAAAUCCAUUGAAGAUUGUGAGAGAAGAUAACAUCAGCUCAGCAAGGUUGAGAUCAAACUCUUCUAGGAAAUCUUGGAGCACUGCGUUUUUUGGUAGCUGGAGACACAGUUCAUCAGACAGUGUUGUUGCCACAACACAUGCAAACAAAGAGAGUACCAGUGACACUAAAAAAUCAAGAGUAGGUUCUCAAAGUAGUGGCAAUGAUCACUCAUCUUCCAACAAAAGGUCAUCCAAUGAAAUUUUUCCUGAACCAUUGGAAGUGCAAGAUGUGGAGGCUGGAGAAGCAGGGUAAGAACUUGUGAAAGAUUUGAUUUUUGUUUAGUCUGUGAGGUCUUUGGUUGGUGGUGCCAUAGCAGUUGCUUCUUAGUAGCAGGUGAAACGCAGUACCUAGGCAGCAUCCAUUAUGGUCCAUUUUGAAGCAAUGGAAAACCUUAAACUUAGUACUGCCAGUGUCAGUGAUAGCCUUUUGUUUUCUGAAACUCAGAUUAAGAGGUUUCAGUGAAAUGUCUGCUAUAUGAGAGCUUCAAAAAACUGAUUUUUUUUACUCAUUCAAACAGCCCUCCAAGAAUUGUGUGACAAAAAUGUAAGAUAAUGAGAGGGUUUUCAUUCUUGCGAGGAAUUGGAAGUGGGAAAAAGGUUGUGUUACUCGUGCAGUUCAUUGGUAGUUUGUAUUUAGCAUUGUAAAUCUUAUUGAGUUCUGUGGCAUAAUCCCUGAUCUUGAAGUGUUCAAAGUGUGACAUGAUUGGUGGAUAAUUUUGUUCUUUACGUAUGUGGUUAGAGGUUUAGUUAUAGAAACCUCUGCAGUGUAAUUCAAAUCAUAAACCAGUUUUUUAA